CUGGAAGGGGUUCCUCAAAGUCGACGGUCACGUGAUCUUAACUACGCUAACCCUAUCCGAAUUCCCCGGCCAGAACGGCAAUUCCCGUCCGAAGAAUUUCAGAAACAACCGCAACUUCACGACGUCCCACUCCAUCCCCCAGCGCGCCAUUGGGGACGCCCACAUACGCCAUGAGCGCGCGAAUACCUACCCGACGGAUAGGGCAGCAUGCCCUAUCCACAACCUCCCUCCGACCCAGCACCACCCACCUACUCUCCCCAUCCUCCCCCCUCCCACUCCCACUCACACCCACCCGCUACCUCUCCCUCAAAGAGCGCUUCGCGCGCCUCAGAUCGCCCUUCAAGAAGGAAAAAGCGCCGCCCGACUACUCCAACCCCAUCCUGACCAAAUACUUGCUCGACCAGGAGCGCCUGAAGAAGCAGAACCAAAUCGUCGAGUCCGAGGAGAAACGGCGUCAGAGGAUGAAACCCAAGUCCGGCGGCCUCAACGAGAAGACCUCACUAUUCAAUCCGCGGCUCGAGGUUCCCGGGUGGAGGGAGGGGAUGAGUGAAGAGGAGCAGAAGGUGUGGGAUGAGAAGGUCAAGGUGGAGAGGGAGAGGCAGGACAAGGAAAAGGCGAAGCGGUUGGCGGCCAUGGCGCUUGAUCCCGAUCCAAGAGCGCGGGCGUUGUGGGAGCGGAGAUUGGUGAUUCGGCAGGUGCAGAGGAGGGGGCGGGUGACGCGGGAUGUGCAGCUUGCGAGGUUGGAGAGGGAGAGCGUGUACAAGAGUAUCCCGUUGCGGACGAGCGUGAAGAAGUUGACCAAGAUCAUGAAUAUGAUCCAGGGGAAGACGGUGGAGGAGGCCUUGGUGCAGCUGAGGUUCAAUCCCAAGAAGGUCGCUCGCGAUGUCUACAAAGGCCUGCAGAUUGCGCGCGACGAGGCCAUCGUCAAGCGCGGUAUGGGCCUCGGUGGAAUCCAGCCUACCCCCGAGCUCGAGGACCCGGAGGAAGUCGACCUGGAAAUGGAACCCGACGAAUCGCAGGAGGACUUCGAGGCUCGUGUAGAAGCUGCCCAGAAAGCAAGGGAAGGAAAGAUAAAGGCCAUUGAAGAGAAGCUCCUCUCGCGCGGUACCUUUGUGCGACCCAAGAUCGGGCCCGGAAUCGAAAUCGAGCUCAAGGAUGGACGCAGGAAGCGGGUGCACGAUCCUACGGAGAUGUACAUUGAUCAGGCCUAUGUGGGCAGGUUGCAGAAUUAUUACAGCCGGAGUUACAGGGCUCGUGGUAGGGUGGAUAGACUGACCCAUCGCAUGUCGACGUUUACCGUCGUGCUGAAGGAGGAGAAGACGCGUAUGCGCAUCUCCGACGAGAUCAAGAAGAAGCGGGACAACAGGAAGCUCUGGACGGCGCUGCCUGACCGGCCGGUUCUGGCUCAGCAGCAGUACUGUUUGUGGUAGGGUGGCACGAUUCUUGAGUGUUUAGAUAUAUGUAGGGAGUGGGUUGUGUACUUUGCAUACAGAUAGCCUCAGGCCGCGAGGUUUGUACAAUAUGCCAUUGUCAUUCACAUACAGGUACUCGUUCCCUCUA